AAGUCCAACAGACUGCUACCAGCGUCCUCCAUCCAAAAGACAGUGGACCAUCUCGCUCCACUUUGACGCCUGGUAGCAUUCUCCAUUUUCGCCUUCUCUUCAGCUCAACACAGCUACCUCGUCCACCUCCACACAGCUCAAUGGCUGCCCUCGCCUCCUCCCUUAGCUCUGUGGCUGCCGCAGCACCCCUGAAGGUGGCUGUCAGCAGCAAGGUCUCCACCUCCCGCGUUGUGAGGUUGACCGUCCGCGCUGAGGAGAAGGCCGCCGCCGCCCCUGCCGUUGGCCCCAAGCGCGGUGCCACCGUGAAGGUCCUCAGGCCCGAGUCUUACUGGUUCAAUGACACCGGCAAGGUUGUCUCCGUUGACCAGAGCGGCAUUCGCUACCCCGUCGUCGUGAGAUUCGAGAAGGUGAACUACGCUGGCGUGUCCACAAACAACUUUGCUGUGGACGAGGUUGUUGAGCUGUAAAUGUAUAGCGGCUAGCGAAUGUCACCCUGUAAAACCUUCUGAGUAAUUGAGCUGCCUUCUUAUUUACCGUUUGUUAGGUGGAUCCAAUAUACGCACAUUUGUUCAGCCGAUUCUUCUUUGAUUCGCUGGUCAACGAUCGUUCUCUACCGCUGCUACGGUCGUAGUUGAGCACGCUACCUUCUGGUCGGUCGAAGCCUCGAUAGGAUGUAAUGCCGUCGAGGUGCUACCUUCAGUACAAGGCCUCUCUGAUAAGCAAGACUGACUACCCCUCGGAUCUAAGGUCUAACCUCGAUGGCCUGUGCGUUCACCCUAACAAGCAUCCAUGCUACCUAAAUUGCGGUGCCUUUCUGGCUUCCAAUUGGUGCAAUCUGGCCGAAA